AUCGUGACAUCAACACUCGCGGAAAGUGAAAACAUCAAAACAUUCAUAGCAAGAAAACGAACAUUUGAAGUAGCUGGUGAGAUUUAGCAGGAUCCACCAUGUUCUACGCCCACAUUGUGCUGGCCAAGAAGGGCCCGCUGGCCCGUAUCUGGCUGGCGGCCCAUUGGGAUAAGAAGAUUACCAAGGCGCACGUGUUCGAAACCAACAUCGAGCAGUCCGUCGAUGGCAUUAUGCAGCCGAAGGUUAAGCUGGCCCUCCGUACUUCAGGUCAUCUGUUGCUCGGUGUCGUACGAAUCUACGCCCGUAAGGCAAAGUACCUGCUGGCGGAUUGUAACGAAGCUUUCGUUAAGAUUAAGAUGGCCUUCCGGCCGGGAAUGGUCGAUCUGCCGGAGGAGCACCGUGAAGCCGCAGUCAAUGCGAUCACAUUGCCGGAGGUGUUUCACGACUUUGAUACACCGCUGCCGGAGCUGAAUGAUGUGGACAUUGAAGCUCACUUCUCGAUCAACCAAUCGCGAGCCGACGAGAUUACCAUGCGCGAGGACUACGGCACGCUCCCGUUGAACAUCCACGACGAUGGGUUCGGUGAUAUGGGAUUCGACGAUACGCCGGACAUUGUUCGUGACCGGAUCGACGAACCGAUGGAGGAUUUGGAGGAUGAACCGGCGGUGGUAGGCUCUUUGGAAGUAACGACGGACACGACGGCAACGGAGGUAGCGGACAGUGGUGGCACGGCGGCCGAUGCAACCAGUGGAGCCGAUGGGAAAGAUAAGCCCAUCGAUAAGAAGGGUCUCCGUGCUCGUGCCAAAAGCUUGUAUGAAGAGCUGAGCGAGCAGCCACCGCAGGAUACCCGGUGGAACGAGUAUCUUGACGACCUCUUCACCGAUCCGGUCGCACCUCCGCCGGAUCUCGAGCAGGAAAAGGAACCCCUCCCGGGAACGUCCCGAUCGGUGUUGGACUCCUUCGAUCCGCACCAUCCCCAUGCAGUGGACAACGACGGCUUCGGCGACGAAGGUUUCGGUGCGGAACCAGCUGCCGGACUGUUUGAGGGUGACAUUUUCGCUGAUGCUCCCCUGGCACCGGAACCGGAGCUACCGGCUGCACCUGCACAGGUACAACGUGGCGAGGAAGAAGACAGCGAUGACGAUGAUGACGACCAUUUUGACGUUGUUGGUGGUGCUCCGUCGCCAGCACCGAGUUCGGACAAUUCGCGGCCACCGACUCCGAUUAUGACGCAGCAGUUGUUGGAUGAUCUGCAGCAACCGGGAACGAGCCAGGACGGUAUGCCGAUAGCACCAGUGAUUCAGGAUGUUUCCGUAGAAGCAUCAACUUCUUUGACGGCGGAACCGCAGAAGGAAGUUGAAAGGAGAACGGAAUUAGAAGACGACAUAAUGGGUGAAGAUGUUGGUGGUCAGGAAGGUCAUGCAGAACAGACAACCUUGUUGCAAAACGAGGAGGAAAGCUUCGCAUUGGCACCAGUGGACGCUUCCGCCUUGAAGGGUGUAACAAAGAGUAAACGUAAACGGAAACUGAUUGUCGAUGAGGUGAAAAAUAUCAGCGGUGAGGAAAUGAAGAGUCAGCUGGCCAAUACGACGGAUAUCGUGACAACAUUGGAUCUGGCACCUCCGACAAAGCGGUUGAUGUACUGGAAGGAGACGGGUGGAGUGGAAAAACUGUUUGCCUUGCCAUCUCGAGACAUCCCAGCACGGUGCAUGUUCAAAAACUACCAGCGACAUCUGACGUCCCGUUCGAUUGGCGUGGAAGACUUUGCUGUGUUGGGUCCUUUGGACGUACUAGGCGUUGAACAGCAGCAACCGGAACGACCGGAAUCCCCAGUGACUCAGCGUCGAGGUAGAAAACGAAAGGUCAUUCAAGAUCUGCUACCGCCGGAUACUCCAGCUCCAAUGACGCCAAUGACACCGACGAUGCCAAUGACACCGAUGACACCUGCCACUCCAGCUCAUUUGGAUCAGACUUCGGUCGAUCAGUUGCGUGAUGCCGUCGAAAUGCCACCCCCAACGCCGGUUUCAAUGGAGUUGCGAGACCAGGACAUGUGUCAGGAUGUCAGUCAGAGCUUCCACCCCGAUGGAAGUAUGAUGCCUCCUCCGACCACACCGGGUAUCAGUAAUAUCGAAAGCCCGAAUCAGACACCUCUCAAUCUGGGUAUGCAAUCCCCUCAGAUGAUGCCUCCUACCCCGGGAAUGCCAAGUAUACCGAUGACACCGGGAAAUCUGAUCCACGGUGGGUUAACACCCGCUGGGCUGGCGCAUGGUGGAUUUACACCUGCUGGACUGGCACAUGGUGGGCUAACACCAGCCGGGCUAGCGCAUGGGGGGCUAACGCCCGCAGGACUGGCACAUGGUGGACUCACACCCGCUGGGUUGGCGCACGGUGGUCUUACACCUGGAGAUCUUCAACACGGUGGAAUGACACCAGCUGGACUGCAGCACGGCAAUUCUGGCCAGGUUAUGCCAGAUCUGCCUGGUGCGAUGACACCGCACGGACUGGACCACGGUGGCAUGACGCCACAUCAUUCCAGUUUGGAGCACAUCGAUCAGAUUCCCCACCUGCCGGCGGAUCAGGUCUCGUCGAUACUGAACGAACCGGGCAUGGAAAAUUUUUCCAACAUGGGCUACGAAGGACAUGCCGCUUCUCCGGCUCGUGAAGCGCUUCACGAUGACGUGCAGAACGAAUGGAAUCAGGACUACGAGUUCCCACACUCGGUUGGCGGGCAACAAACAACCGAAGAGCAACAGGUGGAUGAGACAAUUGAACAGUUUGAGGAGCGAGUGCUGAACAAACGUGCUGCCCAGUUGUUCAUCUCAGUACGAUCGCGGCUUCUGAAGACUGACUGCAUGGUGUUGUCCGAAAUGACGCACCGAAACGACAAGAAACAGGCCGCUCAAAAGUUCUAUUCACUGUUGGUGUUGAAAAAGUUCAAAGCCCUUGAGAUCACACAGCCGGAACCGUACGCGGACAUCACAAUCACCCGGGGGCCACUGUUCGAGAAUCCGAAGCUGUAAGGCACUACGCUGUUUUACGUUGUCUUUUUAAUUAGAUUUUAAGUCGAAAAAAGUGAUGUUCAAGUUGCAUCCCUUUAGUUGUAGCUGCUAAGAAGACGAGAAAACUUUAAGUAAGUCGGUUAAAAUUAGAAUUGAAGAUGCUUGUGCAUUUUUCUAUAAUUUUAUUGCGAAAAAAAAAAGUUAUGCAUGACC